GGGUCUUUCAUUAAGUCAUCUCCAAAAGUAUUGCAACAAUUUGAGGAGGCAAAGCAUAGAUUGCUAGAACUUAAAGAAUGGGAAGCAUGUAUGAAAAAAGAUCACCCAGAAAAGAAAAAAAUACAGAAAGGAUACCAAGAAGCUUUAAGUCAUAUGGGAAUGGGGCUAGAUAAAUUGGUUGAAUGCCUAGGUGGUAAAAUCGAAAAAUUCUCUCUAAUAUCUGAUAUCCAAAGUAUUGCACCAGAUGCAGAAAUAGGCUAUACACUUGAAGAUGAAACAAAGGGUAUACCAAUAGGGGAAAUGGUAUAUUUAAAGCCAAAGAUGUAUUCAGUUCUUCUAGCAGAGCAUGAUCCUAAAACUUCUGAUGACCCAGAUUCUGAAAACCCUAAAAAGAAACACGGUAUCCAAAAGGCAAAGGGUGUAAAGAAAUAUAUGGAAGAAGCAUAUACUGAAAGGCUAGAAAAUUAUUGCAAAAGAUAUGAAGAUAAUGAUCUCUAUAGUAGUUUAGAGGAAUUAUAUGAGCUUUAUUAUCAUAUAGCUAAGGAGAAAAAUCGCGAAAGAUUAGAUGAUGAAAUAGAACAGAUGCUUAAAGCAAUGGCAAUCUAG